AUGACACAAUUAUUCGAUCAGAAAAUAGAUUAUUUUCAAUCACUAACUAACUGGAAAGAUCGACAAUCUGUGAUUAAUUUUUUGAGUAUGUAUGAAUGGAAUGUUAAUUUUGCUGCUGAAGCAUUUUUGACCAACGCUGAACAUUUGAAUAAUCAAUCAAAUACAAUCACUGGACUUCAAAGUAAUUCAAGAGAAGGAGAUCUCCAACAUAAAUUAUCGGAUGAAAGUCGAGCAGAACCAGACAUAUUUUCUCAAAAUCACCAAGAACAAGCAUCAAAUCAUUUAUUGAAUACUUCAAGUCAUCCUGAAACAGCAAACAAUUUUAAUCAAACUACAUCUACAUCGAAUACAGAAUUGUUUGAUGACCCAGUGAAUCAAUUAUUUAGUACAAAUGUAAAUACAACAUCUCCAAUCUUUUCUGAUAUCAAUCAAUUGGAUCACAACAAGAAACAACUUCUUGAAUAUAUUAAUUCACAUAUAAUUGGUAAAAAUCUUCGAGUCAAUACUCCAUGGGGAUCUCGAAAAGUUAUCUAUGCUGAUUAUACAGCAUCUGGACGUGGUCUAAUAUUUAUUGAAUAUUAUAUGCUGAAUAAAGUCUUACCUUAG